GUUUCCUUCCUGUUUUGUUUGUUUACAUUUUCGGAUUUUUAUAAAACGUAUUUUAUAGUGAAAGUAAAAUGAGUGAAGACCAUUGUAGGUUUGCCGCGACCACAUAUUUUGCUAAGAAUCAUCCCGGAGAGACUUGUGGUAGCAAUGGCUUACCACUUACACCGAGUUCCAUUACGAUACUGGGCAGGGCGCAGAAACUUCUCACCAUCAACCACACGAAUCUAUGCACGUAUUUAGAUGUAAUACGUGAAAAACAUGAAAGGAUCAUAGUAGUCUCAGAGGUAGGAGGCAAACCUCUGAAGGACUUAAAUUACAAGUUAUCUUACGAGAACAUAUCCAACGUUGGUCGGCAAGUGUCUUCUGCCUUGGAGUACCUGCACGAGAUGCAGUUCACGCACCGCACCCUCGCGCCGGACAACAUACUGCUGGAUGAACAGAACCGGGUGAAGCUGUUCAACUACGGCAUGUUCUACAUGACUGGUGGAGGGAGUGAUGUGUCAUUUCCACUUGGGCUGCCCAAGUACCUAAGUCCAGAGACAAUCCUCAACGGCGGAGGUCCGUCCUCAGACGUGUGGAGCCUCGGCAUCAUCCUGCUGGAGCUGUGCCUCGGGCCGCUGUGGACGAACCUGAAGCCGGGGCCCGUCCUGCGCAGGAUCCUCACCCUCGUACACUCCAACAAUGCACCCGAGAGGAUCGCGAGGGAACAUGACUGCUAUGACAAGUAUAUGAAAAUACCAGAAAACCUGAGAAACAUAAUAGAGAAAUGCCUGAAAAUGAUGCCGAGUGAAAGAGCUACACCAUCAGAGCUUGUGGAGGAAUUCUCCCAAGUGCCGUGUACUGAGGUAUUAGAAGCGCCGCCGCCGCGCGGGCUGGCGGGCUGCCGGCUGCAGUUCGUGUACCACUGGUGGCAGCUCGCCGGCGGGGACGUGCUCGCCGAGCUCAAGACGCAGGGGCUAGUGAAGAACAGCCCGCCGAUACUGUCCAUGCCCGUCGCGGUCCUACUAGACGGCUGCACACUGGGCGGCAAGACCCCAGCCCUGUUCGACCGGCGCGUGGCUCACUAUACACUGGACCGCCUCCGCGCCCGCCUGGCCCACGUACCGCCCGCGCACUUCCACCCACUCAUGCAUGAGCCCCGACACACCGGGGACGCCGUCAGCCUGCCCCGGAUCAUUAGAGAGAGGGAUACGGAAUACCAGUUUUACAGGAUACUGUGGUUCCAGAGGCUUUUGGAUGGCUACCCCCACACAGCAGACCUCAUCAAGCAGGAAGCAGCCACCGACAUCCCUCCUUUACUCCGUGCGGCGGUGUGGGCGGCCCUACUGGGGGUGCGUGGAGACGUGAAGGAUCAGUACGAGAGGGUUGAUAAGGAGACCCCCACGCCUACUGACCGACAGAUAGACGUAGACAUCCCCCGCUGCCACCAGUACAGCUGGCGUCUAGCCGGCGGCGGCGCACACGCGGCCCUAAGACGGCUGCUCAAGGCGUGGCUGGCGACGCACCCGCCCGCCGUCUACUGGCAGGGCUUGGACUCGUUGACUGCCCCGUUCUUGUACUUGAACUUUUGUGAUGAAGCGCGCGCCUUCGCCUGCCUAUCGGCCUUCAUCCCGGCCUACUUACACCAGUUCUUCCUGAAGGACAACUCGCAGGUGAUCCGCGAGUACCUGGCGAAGUUCCGUCAGACCGCAGCGUACCACGAACCGGCGCUGGCGGCGCAUCUAGCCGAUAUAGGCUUCGUGCCGGAGCUGUUCGCUAUACCCUGGUUCUUGACUAUGUUCUCACACGUGUUCCCCCUCCACAAGAUCUUCCUAAUCUGGGACGCGCUGACGGCGGGCGGCGCGCGGCUGCCGCUGGCGCUGGGGGCCGCGCUGCUGCGGCGCCUGCGCGGGCUGCUGCUGGGCGCCGGCUUCAACGAGUGCAUCCUGCUGUUCUCCGACCUGCCCGAGGUCGACAUACCGGGCAGUGUUGAGGACGCCCUGGAGAUGUCGCGCAAGACGCCGCCCAGCAUCAGCUACCGGCGCUUCGCCAACCAGCCGCCCGUCACCGACCCGCUCGACAUGGUGGAGAUCCCCCUAGACGCUCUCCUCACGGAGACCAGCCCCCGCAUCAGCAUCCGCGACGUGGUCACGCUGGUGCAAGAGGACCGCUGCACUGUCGUCGACAUACGCUCCAAUUUGCUGUUCGAAAAGCAGUGCGUCCGCGGCAGCAUCAACAUGCCGUACAGCGGGGUGCAGCUGGGGACGCGUGAGCUGCGGGGGCCGGGGGGCGAGGCGCUGCGGCGCGCGGGGGCGCGGGGGACCACGCUCGUCGUGGCGGGGGACGAGGACGCCGCCGCCGUGCUCUUCAGCGACUACCUGGUGAAGUGCGGCGUGGCCCGCGUUUGCGUGCUUCACGGCGGGCUGGGGGCGCUGCACACGCACGCGCCCGGCCUGUUCACGCAACGUGUGGCGUAGGGGGCGGCAAAGCGGAGAUAAGGGGGCGCCAACGCGGCGCGUAGGGGUGCUUGUGAGUGUGGUGGGCGCACCGGACCUGUAAGGAUAGUGAAUUAUUACUUAUAAAGAAUUUUAUGAAGUGGUAGGUAACGCUAACAAUGCUGUAGCAUUGAGUCUGAUUGAGAAUUAUAUAAAUUGUAUUAACUAUACUUACAAAGUUUGUACAGCAAUAGUAUUUAAGUAGGUAUAGUAGAAUGCUAAUUGAACUACAGACUAACUAUUAAUUAUUAUAACUAAGUUAUAACUGUACUGCUUCUCCCAAAAAUGGGAUAUUUUUAUAUAAGUGCCGUCAUCAUCAGUCUAACAUCUAUCAUAAUCGAAAACAUUCCAAGUCACUGUUUACCAUUUACCAGAGCCAAAAUCGACUGACUGUCCUACAAUUCUUAACUAUGAUGAAUUGAUGACAAAAUGUAUCUGCCUACUUACAUACAGAGAUUGUUAUGUAUAAAUCUAAUCAUGAACAUUAUCUAUUUUAUUUACUCGCGACUUCCCAGUGAGAUGAUGAGUCACGCACUGAUUUGUAACGAUGUAGGUAGUCAGAGAAUCUCGGGAACUCCGUUUCGAGCUAGUUUCUUAUCUGUGAUGUCAAUGUAAAUAAUGUAUUUAGAACUAGGGUUAAGAGCAAUUAUUUAUAUGCAAUCAAUAAAUUUUAAUGAGUUCUGUAAGUAACCACAUCGGCUCGUGUAAGAUAUUAAUAAAGUGGAACGACACAGAAA